GCGGGAGAGAGAGGUAGUUGGUCUGAGCCCGUCACGCGUGUUGGUUGGGUCAUUCGUUGCUGCCCCACCCCGUCUGAGGAAACAUUUCAUAAGUUGCCACGGAAACCCGGAGCGACAGCGGCAGUGCGUGACAGUGACGGACAGAAGGAACGCCCACGGACCCGCCAAUACCUUCGCCACCCGCCGUCGCUUGACCCUACACCGACAACAAGAUGGGGGAGCACCAGGGCAGCGUGAUAGCGUUGGUCAUCAUCAACUUCCUGAUCUUCGCGGGCACGGUGACGCUCAACCAGCUGUCCGCCUUUCCGCAGUUUGCCGGAGGCCUGUUUUCUAGGCGCCAGGACUCGGCCGUAUCAUAUUAUGGCUUGGGCGUUCAGUCUCCAGGUAUCUUCAACUCCACGGUGGGCAACCUCUCCGCCCGCUACGAGAUCGACGUGACCCCCGCCGGCUUCACUUUCCUCGUCUGGUCUAUCAUCUAUGCGUGGCUGUUCCUCGCCCAUGUAUACGGUCUCAUCCUCCUGUGCCGCCGUAACGCUGUGGGUCCCGUCUACGUGAGCCCGCCUGUACUCACCACCAGCUUCCUCAUCAUCUACUCCCUCAACCUGCUGGCCAACAUCGCCUGGCUCUUCCUGUGGGACAACGAGCUCCUCAUCUACUCCUCGGCGGUGCUCUGGUUCAUCUGCCUCACCAACUGGAUCGCCCUCGGCCUGCUAUAUGGAAGCGUGUACACCCACGGCCCUUGGAUGUCUCGCCACGCCAAGGUUGAUCUCUGGUUCUACCGCAUCCUGUGGCACAACGGCCUGGCUACCUACACCACUUGGACCACCAUCGCCGCCCUGCUCAACCUCGGCAUUGCCCUCAGGUACGAGGCGGGCCUGGCCAUGCAGCUGGUGGUCUACGUGGUGCUGGGCUCGCUGUCCGGCAUCCUGGUGCUGUGGUUCCUGCUCGAAAACACCGUCCUGGACCGUUUUGUGCGCUACACCAUCACGCCCUAUGCAGUGGUGGUUCUUGCCAUGGCGGGGAUCUACGUGAAGCAGUACGCCGCGUCCACCAUGGAGACAGGCUACUUCAUCGUGGUGCUGCUGGGCGUGGCCGUCUUCUGCCUGGUGGCUCGCCUCGGCCUGGUCAUCGUGCGGGGCGUCAAGUCGCCGCUCUACGUCAACAACAAGGUGGGCGACGACCCCGUGCUGAGCUUCGCCGCCUGAUACUGGGGCUACGUGGACACCUCCUCCCCUUCCUCGGCCUCCUCACACCUCCUCGCCACCUACACCAGCCUGUGAAGACGAGAGAGAGAGAGAGAGAGAGAGAGAGAGAGAGAGAGAGAGAGAGAGAGAGAGAAUGUUUCCUGGAUUAUUUUUAUCUGUGUAAGAACAUAUAAUGAAUCUAUUUGUAAUCGUCCGCCUUUUCCGACUUUUUGUUUGUAUGAUUUAUAUUUUAAGUACGAAAUUCUGUUCAUAAGUCUUUAGAACCCUUUGUAUUCCAACUUUGGGAAGAUUUCACGGAACUGGAACAAUAAGACCUAGGUUUAGCGUGGUCAUGUAAGGGAUUUGCAAUGGUGUUCGUGUGAAAGAGAGAAUGAAUGAAAGAGGGAGUGAGAAGCGGACUCCUGCAAAUGUAUGUGUGGGUGCGAAACAGGCAUGGCAUUGCGUAUGUGUAAUAAUAUGUACAGAGAAACAGAGAGAGAUGCAGAUUCAAACUAGUGUAGGCGUGGGCACGUUAAUAGUGUCUUCCAUUUAGCGUAACCUGUUUCUGGGUCGUGAUCUGUAAAGUCCCUUGAUAGAUAGAGUCCUGACAACCUAAGAUUUGGACGCCAUUAUUGGUCCUGUUUUCACCACGAGAGCGUGUGCUAGCGUUUGAAAAGCACGGCGAAAACAGGCCCAAUAAUGGCGUCCAAAUCUUAAGUAGUCGGGACUCUAUAAGGGACUCUACAGAUCACGACCCAAAAACAGGUUACGCUAAAUGGAAGAUGCUAUAAAUUGAUCCUCGUCACGUCACUGCGCUCAUCACUAACGUUCCCAGAUUAUCGUACGCAGAGCAUCGUUUUCACCGGUUUCUUACCCACAAUUAUUGCCAAGAAACACCAAUAAUUAACCAUUUUAACGAUAACUCUAUAUAAAACCAGUUAAAGGGAUGGAGGAGACAGUUUGAGGGUUGGAAAUCCGCAAAUAUACGAGCCUGAACACGACCAUCUAGCAACGUUGCUCAUCACCCGCGCAGGAGGAGGCUCAGAGGAGAGUCGUCGGCAGCAUCAGGAGGAGAAAGGUUCCCCACUGACUCGCGGCGAUACGACCACCAGGUGAAAUUACUGCCGUACAUUAUUUAGAAGUUAUAAAGUAUACAGACCCACGUGUUCUAAUAGGUAGUCUUCCUAGUGAUCACAGCAGGUCGACAUCGUAGCAGGGGUGUCCAGGGCCGGUUCUAAUCUUGUGGUCAACCCCGAUCUGACAUAUACUUUAGGGCACCAAUGUUUUAUCUCCUUUAUCUACGUGAAGUGAUUAGAUUAGUGGGUAGUUCAGCAUCAGAUUGAAUACUUUUUUAUCAUAUUUUUAGAGCCCCUGCUGACAAAUGGGGCCCAAGCGGUUUAUUGGUUUAAUUGCAUAUCUUGUGCCUAAAAAUCGAGCCUGUGUUUGUUGUGUCAUCAGACCGAGUUAAUGAAAAGAUGAGUGUCGGCAGAGUCUUCGUGUAUGUGUGUGUGUGUUAAUCAGGAAAAGGAAGAAACAAGAGAAAUAAAGUCGUGUGUUAGUCGUGUGUGAGCCGUUUGCAAGUUGUCGGAAGUUCAGGCGAAUCAUAUACUAUUCAAAAUAUAAGGCAGUGUAUGUUGACAAUAACGAGGAGACGGGGGUGUUAAGGAGGUGAUCAGAAGGAGGAGGAAGAAAAAAACAAGGGAAGCGUCGGAGUGUGAUGAUAGCCGCGUCUGAGCUGUCUGCAAGCUGUCUGAAGUUCACGAGAAUCAUAUCCGAAAUAAAAAUCAAUGCAUGAUGACAAUAAUAACAAAAUAGAAAAGAGGUCAGAAUAAGAGGACAAUAAGUAGGAGAGAUUAGUUUGUUUUAUGUUAGCUCAGCGCCGUGAAGCUUCGAACAACAGGCGAGAUCACGGGCGAAACACAAGUGCCUCGGGAAGGGAGAAGGAGGAAGUAGUGCAAGGGGGAGGGUGGUGAGGGGGGGGAGAGGGAUGCAGACCUUAAGUAAUCGUAGGCUUGGCGCUGUACCAUCCGCUGCCUUACCCAUGCACGUGUUGCUUUCAGUUCUUUCCAUCAGCAUCUGUUCUGAAUUUGAGUCUCUAUAAGGUUUGUUCUGAAAAAUAUGUAUGAUUUAAUAGUUUUACCAUGAGACUGAUGUGUGUGUGUGUGUGUGUGUGUGUGUGUGUGUGUGUGUGUGUGCCGGGCGCCCCCUCACCACCCUCUCCCGUGGACAUUCAUGUAUUCGACUUCGCUGUAUAUAUGUUUAGGAUAGGUGACUAGACCUGUACGAGCUCUGUUAUACAAAUUAAUUACAUAAUAAAUACGAUUAAUACAUCCCUUAGGCUGACCAUGAAUACAAAACUAUAUUAAGCAAGCUGUUCGUCAUUACUAAACUGGCCACGAAAAAGCCUGUGAGAUACGAAUGCUAAUAAUAUAAUGCUUUCGAAAUGCCUCUUAGUGUGAAAUCGCAAUCUCACGAGUCUACAGAAAUGACAAUAAAUGUGUUUGGAGUUAACCUGAGAAAAAAGUAUAUUUGCAGUUUAUAUAUAUUUGAUAAUGUACAUAAGUUUAUCUAUAUUAUUUAGUUUACGUGUAGCCCCUAAACGUCAAUAAUUAUAUAAAUACUGAGAUGGUUACAAUAAGCGGUCUCAUUGGCAGCCCCUUUAUCCAUCUGUUUAUUAGGGACUCGUAAUACUAUGCGAUGCCUCGGCCCUGUAGAGUAACGUUAUCAAAAUCCUGAGGUAAAUUCUAUUCGUGUAACGUUAUAUUUCGAAAUCAGAAGACAUUUUAGUUCUGUACAUUAAGCGCUUUCAAAUCGUUUAGCAAAUUUACGAUUGUUUUGGUACGUGAAGCUAAUGCAGUAUAUCAGUUCUAUGAGACGUUGUAGUUCUGUACAGUAACAUGUGUGCGAGAAAUGCGUUAAAAUCAUACACUAAGUGGUUAAAUUAUCUGGAACAUGAAGGUCACACAUUAUACAUUAGUCUUGAAGCGUCUGAGUUCUGUUCAAUAAUAUGUUGAAAUUGUACAGUAUAGAUUAAGUUAUUUCGAAGCAUAAAAUUAAUUCGAUCUACAAGUAUUAGAAGGUUUCAGUUCUGUACAGCGAUAUUUCAAAAUUAUUCACUAAACGAUUAAGUUAGUCUGAAGCACAAAGCAAAUACAACAUACAUCAGUAAUAAAAGGUUUCAGUUCUGUAUAGUAAGAUAUUGAAAUCCUGGAGUAAAGUAUUAUAUAUUCUUUUGCGGCAUAAAGAUAUAAAGUAACCAAAUAAUAUCAAGAAAUUUCAGUCAUGUAAUCAUAUAUUGAAAUUUCCAGUGAAUCAUUACAGCAUUAUUAUUUCCGUGCGUGACGAUGUAAAGUAAAAAGACAAAGACAUUUCAUAUAUUUCUUUUCAUAUUUCUGUACAAUACGAGCAAUUAGUGUUUUCAAAUUGUAAUAAGACCAAAGCAUUUUGUAUUUAUUUUCCCUUCUGUAGUACAAUACGAGCAAUGUUUUCAAAUUCUAAUAAGACCGAGACGUUUUAUAUUUAUUUUCAUGCUUCUGUACAAAACGAGCAAUCGGCGUUUUCAAAUCCACCAGAAAACGAGUCACGAUAGAUUUCCAAGACGUCUUAUACUUCUUUUUUUAUAUUUCUGUACAAUACGAGCAACCAAUGUUUUCAAAUCCACCAGAAAACGAGUCACGAUAGAUUUCCAAGACGUCUUAUACUUCUUUUUUUAUAUUUCUGUACAAUACGAGCAACCAAUGUUUUCAAAUCCACCAGAAAACGAGUCACAGUAGCUUUGUCUCGUGAUGACCAAUGUGGUAAUGGAGAGCGCGCGCUAUUUUUGUACAUAACUGUGUAGCGUAGAGAAAGGGGUGCAGGGGGAGGGAGAGGGAGGGAAGGGAGGGGAAAGUAUGUAAGGUUUUGCCGGGGCCGUCAGAGCGGGGAAGAAGAAGAGGAACGAAAAAAAGUGGUUUAAUAGGAUAAGUCUACCUUUUAUCUAAUGCUAAGGUUUGUAUUGUUCACCUGUAAUCCUGAGAAAAGUGAAAAAUAAAUAUACACCUGCCUA